CAUAGACAAGACAUGGCAAGAAAGAUAAACAUGAGUUGUCACUUAAAAGCAAAUUCAAAGUUAGGUUCGAUCAUCACAGAGAAAAUACAAACCAUGGGAGUUUCUGAGCCAGGAAAAGUAUGCAAGAAUCAUCCAUAUCACGAUCAGAAACAAGGGGUUUGUGCAUCAUGUUUAAGAGAUAGAUUAACGCAGCUAAUCUAUGUCAAUACUUUACAAUCAGCAGUGCUUGCACCUCCUUCAUCAUCAUCUUCUCCUGAUCAUCCCUACUCUUUUGUUGCCUCUACAAACCAUGUAUCUCGCCGCCAGCAUCACCGGAACAUUUCAGAUAAUUAUAAUAUGGGUUCAGUAUCUUUCAGGGUAAGUGUCGGUAACCGCUUGAAGAAGAGUAGAUCAAUUGCUUUUGUGACAAGAAACCAUACUGGAGAGGUAAAAAAUGGGAAGAAGAGUAAUGGGUUCUGGACUAAGUUGCUUCAUUUGAAGGGAAAGAAGGAUCGGGUUUUGAUGCGUUCUGCUGUCUCUAUGAAUGAAAGAUCAUGAGCCCAUGGAUUUGGAUGGGUAGCGUUUCUAUGUAUCUCGCAGCCCCUACACGCCUGCCUGCCAACAAAAAUUGCAUCUCGAACACUUAAAUAUAGAUUUUCAUGAUAAUUUAAUUAAGCUGCCUUCCUUCCUUCCUGAGAUGAGUAGUAGAUGGAGGGAGAUGUUAUCACGGACAGCACAUUGGUAAGACAAAUGCUUUGUGUUCCUUGACAUGUAAGUUAGGUCUUGCAUAUGCGAUAUUCUUUGACUAACUGGUCAUUUCUCCAUUCCAUUGUCAUGCUCUACCUCCAUGUUCUUGCGAAUUUCUUGAACACCCAAGUGUGGUGGAAUAUUGACUUGAAGAGCCGUGUUCAAACACAUAAUCAUUGAUUAUAUAUGAUGUCGGGACAGCCAGGUGAUUGCUUCUGAAAUGGUCUUCACUUUUACAGGUGGUUUGUUCUGCCGUAGAUCAUUUGGUUUCCUUUCUGCAUGUAAUUUGAGAUGAAUUGAUUUAUUAAUUAUACUUUCCAUAUUAAAAAGGGGAUGCAAAUGCAAUGCACGGCGAAGAAGGUGUCUUCUUCUUGGUUUUCU